AUGUACCACCACCAGGGCGUCACCACGCCGACGCCACCAUCCGACCAUCGUCGGACAUUAUGCAUGAUGCAUAAAAUCCCGCCAUCAAUCUCCGUCGAUCCUCCAUCUUUGAUCCACCCCGGCCGCGUGCUUACCUACAUCGCCCCGCCCCGAGCUCCGCGCGAGUCGAAUUCGGCCGGCGCGCAUCGAAUUCGCGAUGGGCCACCCCACCCCGGCGAAAUCAAGAGAUCAAGAUCAGGAGUCCGUGUAGGAUGGGUGCGCGUGGGGCGGGAUUUAGAUGAGCGACGUGGCUCCACGUUAAUCCAGAAUGCUUCAGGUGCCCAAGGAUUGCGUAGAGAUGCGGGGGUGACAUACAAGCAGCGUCGCACAUCGUGCGCUGGUGCUGAGUACUGGAGGAUCUUGCGGGCAUGCAGCACCGGCGGGCGAGCAAAUAUCAGCAGCGCGGGCGAACACGCGAAGGUGUGGGUCGGGACGACGAGCAUAACCGCGCUCAUCCUUGUCCAGUACGCAUGA